AUGUCAUGGAAGGAUAUUUGCACCCCUGCUGAUGAGGGUGGGCUGGGGAUUAGAGAUUUUGGGGAUGUUCAGAAAGCCUUACACAUGAAGCUUGCCUGGAAUCUCAUCCAGGGUAAGUCUCUCUGGGCGAAAUUUUUCGGAGGCAAAUACGUCAAAGGAACUCACUUGUUGCUGUUGGAGCCCUCUAAAGGAACUCGUUUUUGGAAAUCAAUUGUUCGUAGUAUUCCGGAGGUCCUUAAUAGCUCCAAAUGGGUUGUGAGAGAGGGAAACAUCUCUUUUUGCUUAGUGGGUCAUCAGAAGGCUAGCGAGCUGUAUGAUUACUUGGCUAGACGGAAGGAGGGCACUGAUGUGCUGGUUUGGUUGAGAGAUACGGAGGGAAUAUUUACUACCAAGAGUGCUUGGGAUUGCAUUAGGGUCCGGACCCCUCCUUUACCCUGGGCCCAGUGGAUUUGGCACGCCAAUCUUCCUACGAAAAUUUCCAUCAUGAUGUGGAAGGCCACUAAUAACUGUCUGAGUGUGGAUGAUAAGAUUAAGAUUAUGGGAAAUAUUGUGGAUGACUUUCUAGCAAAGUGUGGGGCUGAGGGCUUGAACUUGGAAUGGUCUGACAUUCAUAUUUGGCCUAGUAGGUUAAGAGGUUUUCUUCGCAUGGACAAAUUGGGCCACAUUUGCGGGUUCGGUAAGGUUUCCAUGUACAUGGUAUCUUGCUAUUAA